CCGCAUAUUCCAUGUGACUCAGUCAUCCUUCCACAUCCACGUCACACCCACUUCCUCCUGCGCUGUAAGGCUGCGGCUGGUGACUGAGGUCCUCUGGAGUUGGUUCACGCCCACUAGACAGACUCUUCGUAUUUUCGAGGUGUCUCUGUGCCUUGUUUCCUGUUCUUCCGGAAACCCUAGGUGCUUUUGAGAAUCCUGCCUGGUUUACAGGAUAAGGGGAUCUCUCCAGUCCAACUGCCUUGUUCAAACGACUCUGAGACUGUCUCAGCGCUAGCUUGCAAUUUUUGGACUGUCAGGAAUAUUUUUUCGUCGAGCUUUUCUUCUUGCGUUGUAUCUUGUUUACGUUGAGGACGAAAGCUUGUUCGCAAGAAACGGCUACGAGGCUAGAACCGGUUCGCAAGAAACGGCUGCGAGGCUAGAACUGUGGCAUGCGCAUGGCUCCUUCGCCUACUCUCCAGCUGCUGCAGACCAGCCAUAACACCUCCCCCACCAUCAUCCCCACCUCAAUCCUGAAGCCUGAGACUGAGAUUUCAACCAAGCCCGAACCAUCAACCACAUCCUCCUCGUUCAACUUCUUCAGUUCGCCUUCCGCGUUUUCCGCCGCCGUCUCCUCCUCGCGUUCCGAGGCUCUCCCGCAGCAAGCGGCGUUCGCCUGCAAGUUAAACCCGCACAUGGGAUGCAACUCGCCUGACCGCUCCGCCAUUUCUUACAACUCCUCUCACCCUUUUUUGCUUCCCCAGCAGCAGGAUCAAGCAAGGCUUCAUCCACAGCAGCAACAGCAGCCACAGCAGCUACAGCCGCUACAACCGUUACAGCAGCACAUGCAGCAGGACCACUCGCAUCGCGAUUCGCCGCAGCCUUUUUUUGCGAAGGAGGAGCCUCGCUCGCCGUCGUUCGGCGCCGGUAUGCCUGCGAACGACAGGGAGUUGACUCCCACCUUUGUCUUCCUGAGCCCGUCGCCGAGCCUCGAACAGUCGCAGCAACAAUCGCAGCAGUCGCAGGACGAAUCACAGCGCUCCAACAAGCAGCAUAGGUCGUCUAGCGCUCCGUGCGUUCGUCCCAUUCGCGAGUUCGCAGGCGACGCCGGCGACGGCGACGGCGACGUCGAUUCCAAGCCCGUCGUGCGAAUGCCGCUAGAGGCAGUUGGCGAGGCGAGCAGCGGCGGUUCACCCGGUAACGGCGCUAUCGUCCCCGUCGUGACCUCGCGAUCUAGCGCACAUGACGUAGCUGCCUUCGAGCCCGUUAGCGUAUGGGGUAACUCCUCCUUAGAAGAAGCAGAUCCCGACAUCUGGCGAUUAAUCCAGGGGGAGAAGCGGCGCCAGCGGAGCUGCCUGGAGUUAAUCGCCUCGGAGAAUUUCACCUCGCAGGCGGUUCUCGAGGCGUUAGGGAGUCCGCUAACGAACAAGUACUCGGAAGGGAUGCCCGGCGCGCGGUACUACGGCGGGAACCAGUGGAUCGACGCGGUGGAGACUCUGUGCCGCGAGCGCGCGCUCGCGGCGUUUCAUCUCGACCCGCAACGGUGGGGAGUGAACGUACAGCCGUACUCUUGCACGUCCGCGAAUUUCGCGGUUUACACGGCGCUCCUGUCGCCAGGAGAUCGGAUCAUGGGAUUAGAUCUGCCGUCCGGGGGGCAUCUGAGCCACGGGUUCUACACCAACGGCGGGAAAAAGGUUUCGGGCGCGUCGAUUUACUUCGAAACGCUUCCUUAUAAGGUGAACCCCGUUACUGGAUUAGUGGACUACGAGCGCAUGGAGGAGAAGGCGCAGGAGUACCGCCCGCGCCUGCUGGUGGUAGGCGGAAGCGCCUACCCGCGCGAGUGGGACUUCGCGCGGUGUCGCAAGAUCGCGGACAAGUGCGGCGCGAUUCUCAUGUGCGACAUGGCGCAUAUCAGCGGACUCGUCGCCGCGCAGGAGUGUAACAGCCCUUUUGAUUUCGCCGACGUGGUUACCAGCACGACGCACAAGACUCUCCGGGGGCCCAGAGGCGGCCUCGUCUUCUACCGUCGCGGCCCGAUCGUCUUCCCCCGCAGCGCCGCCGCCGCUUCCGCCACUAUGGGCGCGGCCGGCGUAGCCGGCGCAACCGGUGCCGGUACAAGUGGUGGGGAAGCUGCGAGUAACAACGGUGGCGCGUCGACAUCAGGCGGGAGCACCGGGCGAUGUUGUUGUGGCAAUAGCAGCUGUUGUAAAAAUGGCGCCGCGGGAAGCGGAGGGGGUGGAGGGGGAGGGGGAGCAGCGGCAGGGGUAGCGGGAGCUUCGCCUCCGCCGUCAGCGCAGGUGCCGGUGUACGAUCUGGAGGACCGGAUCAACUUCGCGGUGUUCCCGUCCAUGCAGGGCGGCCCGCACAACAACCACACGGCCGCUCUCGCCGUCUCGCUCAAGCAGGCGGGGUCCCCCGCGUUCCGCGCCUACAUGAUCCAGGUGAAGCGCAACGCCAGGGCCUUAGCAGCAGCGCUGACGCGGCGCGGCUGUCGCAUUGUGACGGGCGGCACGGACAACCACCUGCUGCUGUGGGACCUGCGGCCGCUGGGGCUGACGGGCGGGCGGUUUGAGAAGGUGUGCGAGCUGUGCAGCAUCACGCUUAACAAGAACGCCGUCUUUGGGGACAACUCCGCCCUUCCUGGCGGCGUGCGCGUUGGCACUCCAGCCAUGACCACGCGUGGCUGCAAGGAAGCAGACAUGGACCGCAUCGCCGAUUUCCUCGUCAGAGCCGUGCAGAUUGCCCAGCGCUCGCUGCACUCGCAGCGCCUGCAGCUCUCCCUCUCGCCCUCCCCCUCGGGCUCGCCUUCUCCCCCUGGUACCGGGAUGCUGUCUGUUCCCACCUCUAAUGGCGGCGGUGUUGCUAGUGCAGGUCCGGCUGCUGGUGCUGGUGCUGCUUCUGGUGGUGGUGCUGCUACUGUUUCUGCUGCUAUGGGGCCUGGGGGAAAGAGUGGGGCGCAGAUUAUCGGAGGGAAGAGGUCGCGGAGUGUAAUGGCGGCAGCAGCAGUGGCAGCAGGAGCAGGGGCGUUGGAUCAGCUGGCUGAUUCGGGUGAAGUGCAGGAGCUCCGGGCAGCUGUGGAAAAGUUUGCAGAGAAGUUUGACAUGCCCGGGGAGAGGAUGCCGAGAAGAUGUGAUGAUGGAGAGGAGAGGGUCAAGUUGGAAGAUAAAUCCGCCUUCUCCACUCAUGGACAAUGAUGUAUGAUGGACAAGAUGGUGAUAUAGGGGCAUGUUGCACGGAGCAAACGUAUCAGGGAAUGGAAGCGAGCAAGCUGAGGUGAUGAUGUAGGCUCGGCGUUCAAGAGGAUUUCUUCUGGCGCUUUUCCCAAUUUUGGCCAUACUAAGGUCUCUUCAGUCCUAGUGCAUGAACCUCUCGUUGCUGCACGCAUAAAGCUCUUGUUCAGUAUUCGCUUGUACCAUGAUGUCUUCUGAAUGCCUGUACAUGGUGAGCUUUGAUGAUGUG